CAUUUGUCAGUUGUCACCUCCUUGGAGUAAUAUUGUUCUGUGGUUGUCACUUGUCAGUUCAUCGUCACCAAUCAGGUUACCUACAGUAUGUUUAUGAAACUAAAAAAUGAGUGAAGAAUUAAAAAUAUUAAAACAAGGCGCUGAGGCGAAGUUAUACAUCUGCAAUUACCUGGGAAAACCAACAUUAAUCAAGGAGAGAUUUAAAAAGAAUUACAGGCACCCUGACUUAGACGCAUCAAUCACUAAAGAGAGAAUAAAAAAUGAAGCCAGAUCUAUAGUACGUUGUAAAACAGCGGGAGUUAAAACCCCAGCUUUGUAUCUAGUAGAUUUUGAGCGACGACGUAUUUAUAUGCAACAUUUCCUACAGAGUAUUACAGUGAAGGAUUUCAUUGUAAACUUAAAAAGUUCAACCAACCAGUGUGACAUAACUGCCUUAGAUGUGUAUGCGGAUAAAAUUGGCGAAAUAAUACGUAGAAUGCAUGAAAAUAACAUAAUUCAUGGUGAUUUAACUACAUCAAAUAUGUUGCUUGUUGAAAAAGAUCCUACUGGCAGCGAAGAAAAUUCCAAAUGGUUGGAAUAUAGUAAUGUAGACUUGGUUCUUAUAGAUUUUGGUCUGUCUUUCAUUGAUUCUAGUGCAGAAGAUAAAGGUGUUGACUUAUAUGUUCUUGAGCGAGCAUUAAUAAGUACACACAAUGACUAUCCAAAUCUGUUUAAUAGAAUAUUCAAUGCCUAUAAAAGUUAUAGUAAGAAUAAUAUAAAGGAAAUUAUUAGCAAGUACGAAGAUGUAAGAGCUAGAGGAAGAAAAAGAACUAUGGUAGGAUAAGUGAAUUUAAGAACUUUUAAUAAAUAAAUUUGAUAAGGUUAAUUCA